UAUUUUGUUGACCAUUUGACUUUUUUUUUUUGGGUGAAGAAAAUAAAACCCAAAUCCGACCCGGAAUUACCGCUCCGUUUUUAAAGAGUCACGAGUCCAUCAUGGAGGUGUCUUCGUCGUCUUCGUCUUCGUCUUCUCAGUUACAGCUUUCAUGCUUGAGUCAAACCUCGUGACCAUUGCUAGAUUAAGCUUUUUCCCCUCUGCGUGUUUCCUCGUUUUCACCACCACCACCCCUCUCAAAUGGCGAAAUCAGAGAAACACAAGUUAGCCCAAACCUUAAUCGAUUCAGUAAACGAAAUCGCUUCGAUUUCAGAUCACCGCGCACCGAUGAAGAAACACUGUAGCAAUCUCUCCCGUCGAUUGAUGCUUCUUCUUCCUAUGCUUGAAGAGAUCAGAGACAACUGUGAAGAAUCAACGAUCCCUGACCAAGUGGUGACGGCUUUGUUAUCUCUCAAGGAAUCGCUUGUUCCUGCUAAGGAUUUGCUCGCUUUCGUUAGCCAAGUUAGCAAAAUUUACCUGGUGUUGGAGAGAGAUCAAGUGAUGGUUAAAUUUCAGAAAGUGACGGCUCUAUUGGAACAAGCUUUAAGUGGAAUCCCUUAUGAGAAUCUUGAAAUUUCAGAUGAGCUUAAAGAACAGGUUGAGCUUGUUCUAAUUCAGUUAAGAAGAGAAAUAGGAAGAGGCGGUGAUGCGUAUGAUGAUGAGUUAUAUAGGGACGUUAUGUCUCUUUAUAAUGAUACAGGCAGUGUAACAGAUUCGGAUAUGCUCAGGAGAGUGGCAGUGAAGCUUCAGUUGAUGACUAUAACUGACCUUACGCAAGAGUCUUUGGCUUUACUUGAUAUGGUCAGUUUGAGUGACGGCGAUCCAGGUGAUAGCUUUGAGAAGAUGUCGAUGGUUCUCAAGAGAAUUAAGGACUUUGUUCAAACCGAUAAUCCUAACUUGGAUGAUGCUCCCAUGAGACUAAAAUCACCGCUUCAGAAGGCACAAGAUGGUGAUCUAAAUUUGCCGAUACUGCCUGAAGAUUUCCGUUGUCCGAUUUCUCUAGAAUUGAUGAAUGAUCCAGUUAUUGUUUCUUCAGGGCAGACGUAUGAACGUGAGUGCAUUAAGAAGUGGCUUGAAGGAGGGCAUUUGACGUGUCCAAAGACGCAAGAAACGCUGACAAGUGAUACCGUCACACCGAACUAUGCUUUAAGAAGCCUUAUAGCUCAAUGGUCUCAAUGGUGUGAAUCCAAUGGCAUCGAACCUCCAAAGCGUCCCAACAAUUCUCAACCGAGUAGUAAAGCCUCAUCUUCCUCCUCAACCUCUGCUGAUGAACAUAACAAGAUUGAAGAACUCCUAACUAAGCUCACAUCGCAACAUCCUGAAGACCAAAGAUCCGCUGCAGGAGAAAUCCGUCUUCUAGCGAAACAGAACAACCAUAACCGAGUCGCCAUUGCUGCAUCCGGCGCCAUCCCUCUUCUGGUGAAUCUCCUCACGGUAUCCAGUGACUCCCGGAUUCAAGAACACGCUGUGACAUCGAUUCUCAACCUCUCGAUAUGCCAAGAGAACAAAGAAAGGAUUGUUUAUUCAUGUGGAGCGAUUCCAGGUAUUGUUCAUGUGCUCCGGAAAGGCAGCAUGGAAGCUAGAGAAAACGCAGCAGCCACACUUUUCAGCCUUUCGGUUAUAGACGAGAAUAAAGUGGCAAUAGGCACCGCAGGAGCGAUCCCGCCUCUUGUGACCUUGCUGAGCGAAGGAUCACAGAGAGGCAAAAAAGAUGCGGCGACUGCUCUGUUCAAUCUCUGCAUAUAUCAAGGGAACAAAGGAAAAGCUGUGAGAGCCGGUUUAGUUCCCGUGAUAAUGCGUUUACUAACAGAGACGGCAAGCGGAAUGGUUGAUGAAGCACUUGCUAUAUUAGCCAUAAUAUCGAGUCACCCGGAUGGGAAAAUGGUAGCUGGAGCCGCUGAUGCGGUUCAUGUUAUGGUAGAUUUUAUAAGAAGCGGGUCACCACGGAACAAAGAGAACGCAGCUGCAGUAUUAGUGCACUUGUGUUCAUGGGAUCAGCAGCAUUUGAUUGAAGCUCAGAAAUUAGGGAUUAUGAGUCUUUUAAUAGAAAUGGCUGAGAAUGGUACUGACAGAGAAAAACGCAAAGCGGCACAGUUACUUAACCGCUUUAGCCGUUUUAACGACCAGCAGAAACAGUCUGGUUUAGGUGUCGAAGAUCAAAUCUCUCUAAUCUGAGUUUAGCGUUAUAAGGUUUGUUUCUACAUACACAGGUCGUGCACAUUUUGUUUUGUUUUCUUCACCAAACUCACACAACAAGAACCAAGAUUUUGAAACCUGUAAAUCACCUUUUUUAGUUUUUUUUUAUAAUCUCAAGUUCGCAUUUGCUCGGAUCUUACAAUAAAAGUUAAAAUUGGU